AUGUCUCAAAAUAAGAUUCAGGAUGCUAUAUCUUUGAUGGAAGACUGUGUUCAGCUCUGUAAGAGAUCAUUGGGACUUGACCACCUAGAUACCAAAUCCUCAUCGUGGUACCUCAACGAGUGGAAGGAAAUCUAUUCUUCAUUACCAACAGAACAACUUCAAGGCUACGUUCCAGCGGAAUAUGACCAAAGUCACGAGAUUUCAGCAGAAUGCUUACCAGAAGUUAUGGUCACCAACCAGACAAGGGAAGAACACAUCUCCUUACAUCAAAGACAAGAACAAUUGGCACCUGUCAAAAAUUUAUCGCAAAUCAUCCUCUCCGAGGCCAUUUAG